AUGCUUCAACCUCCAGGUUUUAUUGAUUCUACAUCUUCCCAUUUGGUGUGCAAGCUUAAGAAAGCUCUUUAUGGCCUUAAACAGGCCCCACGUGCAUGGUAUUCUACAUUUUCUUCCAUUCUUCUAUCUAGCAGUUUUAAUUGUAGCCACUGUGAUUCCUCUCUUUUUAUUCACCUCACCUCUUCUUCUCUUCUUCUAGUUCUAGUUUAUGUUGAUGAUAUUUUGGUCACUGGAAAUACUUCUCAAGCCAUUUCUUCUCUUGUUCAUGAAAUUCAUACUGCCUUCUCUAUAAAAGAUCUUGGUUCCAUCUCUUUUUUUCUUGGGCUAACUGUUGCACCUAAGGGGCAUGGCUAUUCUUUGACUCAAACCAAGUAUGCAGCUGAGAUUUUGGCUAAGGCUGCAAUGUUGAAUUAUAAACGUUGUGCCUCUCCUUUGGCUACUGUUAAACCUACUGUUUCCACUUCUCCUCCUUUUAGUCAGCCCUCUCUUUAUUGCAGUAUUGUAGGGGGUUUACAAUAUCUUACCAUCACACGGCCCGAUUUGGCCUUUGCAGUGAAUCAGGCCUGUCAGCAUAUGGCCUUUCCUACUGAGGCACAUUUUUCUGCUGUUAAACGUUUACUACGAUAUGUUAAAGGCACGCUUGAUCAUGGGCUAUUUUUUAGUCCAAGGCCCUUCUCUUUACAGGCCUUUUCUGAUUCGGACUGGGCAGAGGAUCCUUUGGAUCGACGAUCAACCUCUGGUCCUCCACUGAGGCUGAAUAUAAGCUCUGCUCAUUGUGUUGCUGAAAUCAGUUGGCAUAUUGAAAUUGAUUACCACUUUGUUCGGGAAAAGGUUGCCGCCAAACAGGUUGUGUUGAAGCACAUUUCUUCCGAAGAUCAACUUGCUGACGUCUUUACUAAACCUCUCUCCACUUCCCGAUUUCAUUAUCUUAAAAACAAGCUAAUGGUGAAUUCCUCCCCCAUUAGCUUGCGGGUGGAUAUUAGAUAUACUGCUCCUAUGGUUCCAUCUCAGCCAAUGGUUAAACCAUCUCAGCAAAGGCUUCUCACUGAAGCUAGUGAGUGUACACUGGAGCAGCUGUAG